GCAGCGGGGCGGAGAGUGAGAUUCACGAAGCCACCGAACGAGAUUGAACCCCGUGCGCAGCUGGGAGUAACUGCGAAGAGACCAUGAGGGAGAUCGUGCACCUGCAAGCUGGCCAGUGCGGCAACCAGAUCGGGGCCAAGUUCUGGGAAGUCAUCAGCGAUGAGCACGGUAUAGACCCCACUGGCACCUACCACGGGGACAGUGACUUGCAGCUGGAGAGGAUCAACGUCUACUACAACGAGGCCUCAGGUGGCAAGUAUGUGCCCAGAGCUGUCUUGGUUGAUCUGGAACCUGGCACCAUGGAUUCUGUCAGGUCUGGACCUUUUGGACAGAUCUUCAGGCCUGAUAACUUCGUCUUUGGUCAAAGUGGUGCCGGGAACAACUGGGCCAAAGGGCAUUACACAGAAGGAGCUGAGCUGGUGGACUCCGUCCUAGAUGUGGUCAGGAAGGAAGCAGAGAGCUGUGACUGUCUCCAGGGCUUUCAGCUCACCCACUCUCUCGGCGGCGGCACCGGUUCAGGGAUGGGGACCCUGCUGAUCAGCAAGAUCCGGGAGGAAUACCCUGACCGCAUCAUGAAUACCUUCAGUGUUGUGCCAUCGCCCAAGGUCUCUGACACAGUGGUGGAACCAUACAAUGCCACUCUCUCGGUGCACCAGCUGGUAGAGAACACAGACGAAACUUACUGCAUUGAUAACGAGGCUCUGUAUGACAUAUGCUUCCGAACCCUCAAGCUCACCACUCCCACCUACGGGGACCUCAACCACCUGGUCUCUGCCACCAUGAGUGGUGUGACUACCUGCCUCCGUUUCCCUGGGCAACUCAAUGCCGACCUCCGCAAGCUGGCUGUUAACAUGGUGCCCUUCCCUCGCCUCCACUUCUUCAUGCCUGGCUUUGCUCCUCUGACCAGCCGUGGCAGCCAGCAGUACCGAGCCUUGACUGUGCCGGAGCUAACGCAGCAGAUGUUUGAUGCCAAGAACAUGAUGGCAGCCUGCGACCCCCGUCACGGGCGCUACCUGACAGUUGCAGCCGUCUUCCGAGGGAGGAUGUCCAUGAAGGAGGUGGAUGAGCAGAUGCUGAAUGUGCAGAACAAGAACAGUAGCUACUUUGUGGAGUGGAUCCCUAACAACGUCAAGACAGCUGUAUGUGACAUCCCACCCCGUGGCCUCAAAAUGGCAGCCACCUUCAUCGGCAACAGCACAGCCAUCCAGGAGCUCUUCAAGCGCAUCUCUGAGCAGUUCACCGCCAUGUUCCGCCGCAAGGCCUUCCUCCACUGGUACACAGGGGAAGGCAUGGAUGAGAUGGAGUUCACAGAGGCUGAAAGUAACAUGAACGACCUGGUCUCAGAGUACCAGCAGUACCAAGAUGCCACUGCUGAAGAAGGGGAGUUUGAGGAGGAGGCAGAGGAAGAAGUAGCAUGAGGAGCUCCUCGUUCGUUCGUUUGUUCUUUCUCUCCCCCUCUCCCCAUGACUCUUCCUUGUUCCCACCAGUCUCCUGAACCAAUGGACCAUCUUGCCUGCGCUGGCAUAGGCUUGAACAUUCUAGGCCAACCUAACGAGUGGAGUGUUCUGAGCCCUUCCGCCUGCCCACCCCACACUCCACAAGCCGGAAUGAUGCAUGGAGGACUGCUGGGGCGGCAUGGUCUGGCAGGCUUCAGGGUCCCGUUCAGGAGUGGCGGCGGGGGUAGUAAGUCUUGCUACAAGCACCACCAAUACAUGUUCUCAUCUUACCAACCCACACCACCCCCUUUUCUUUCCUCUCUGCCCAUGCUUCAGUGCAUCUCCCCUCCUGCGGCGAUGUCUGUCCGUCCUUAAGUGUUCUGUGUAUGGUCAUGUGUGUUAUUUUUGUUUGUUUUCAGAGAUGAGUAUGCACUAACUUGUAACCUGCAUUUGUUUUUGCAUUUUGUUUUUUUGUUUUCAUCCAUGCUGGGCUUAAAGAAAAGAUUAAUGGAACUUGAGGGGGGUUGGUUUGAGGGGGAAUGGGGCUCUGUCUUUUAGGCUGAAAAGUGGUCCCCCUUUUUAGUGUGUUUGCUGUCAAAGCAGUUAUAUGUCUCCACAAUAAACUACUGAAUAAUGGAUACAGGCUAA